UUAAGUGGACCAAUUGUUACCUUGAGAUGAUGUGUUUUUCAAUCAGGUGAAAUUUAUUUAACUAGAUACUGUGUAAAUCAUUCGUAACUUCUCGACAUCAAUAUUUUAGUUUCGAUUGCCACAUUUUCUUGACCUCACGCUUUAAUUACUUUUUAUUGUCGUGUAAUGCUUUUAUCAUUCGGUGUAAGUGUAUACUGUGUGCCCACUGGUUCAUCGGCUCGCCUUCUCUUGUUCUUUUCUUUUCCAGAUUGGCCUACAUACUGCUUCGCAUACACCCUUAGCACGCAAGCUAAAUUCAAGCCACCUACCAAAAACUGAUCGUCAAAAUCGACAGCGACGGGUCUCUUUUGUUCAAACUAGUGGAAAUUCCUGCUUAUCAGAUGAUUGAGACAUCAAAUAUCACACACAAAACAGUUACAGAAUUUGGUUGCGUCCAGAAUGACAGUAAAAUUGACCGGUACAUAAACGAUCAUUCUUUACGUUUAUCAGACGCUCAAAAAUGGCUUUUAAAGAAAACAAAAGAUGAACCUAAAGCAUAUUACUUGAUAUCAAGUCUUGAAAUGCAACUUUUAUCUAAUAUGUGCUAUGCAAUAAAUGCCAGAAAGACAAUUGAUAUUGGAGUUUAUACUGGAUAUAGUACAUUGUCUAUCGCUGAAGUAUUACCUUCAGAUGGUUGUGUGUUAGCCUUGGAGAUAACAGAUGCUUAUCUAAAAGAUUAUUGUAUACCGGCUUGGAAAAUGGCAAAUGUUGAGUCAAAAAUCGACUUUCGACUUGGUACAGCAACUCAAACACUACAAAAUUUGAUUGAUAAUGGACAAAGUGAAACAUUCGAUUUUGCUCUUAUUGAUGCUGAUAAACAAAAUUACAGUAAUUAUUAUGAAUUAUGCCUUAAACUGAUCCGACCUCGUGGUAUAAUCGCAAUUGAUAAUGUCAUUUGGUCGGGACUUGUGGUCGAUGAGACUGAUCAAACCUCCGAAACUGUUGGUAUAAGGGAAGUGAAUGACUUGAUAGCUGGAGAUAAUCGUGUACGAAUCUCUUUGCUAAAUCUUGGAGAUGGGUUGACAAUCGUUGUGAAAAAAUGAUCUUUGAGAUACAUAUUCUACAAACAUACACAUGUAUUUGUAACUAAAUGAUGGUUGAUACAAAAACGUGUAUAUCGAUUUAAGUUGGCGUUCAUAUUUUUUUGGUAUAAUCAACAUUACGUAACCAUAUUUUUAUUUGUCGAAAUGUCAUUUCAUUUUCCAAUAUUAAUGAUAUUUUUUUAAUAAACGGAACACACCCAUUAUGGCAUUCAAUAAGAAAGAAAGAUUAGUUCAGCGAAGAGUUCUCUUUUCGAUGAAUUCAUUUUCAAAGCUGUACAAUCGCAAAUAUAUAUACUUAUUUUUACAGGGUGAUAAUAAUACUGAUAAUAAACUUCUGUUAUACAUGGUGACAGUGAGGUUAAAUAAACAAAGGUAUUAGAAAGAAAAAAUUUUUUUAAAACAAGGAAAGUUUGAUAGUUAAUGGCCACCUGCUUCACCUUCUAUCUUCCCUUCAAAUCUUCUACCUCCAACCGGUUUGUUUUUAUUUCCACGAUCAUUCCGAUUACAUUUCAUCUCUGUUUCAACAUUUUGUGUUAUUUUAUCAUGCUGUGCCAUCCUUACCCGAUGAAUAUCUAAGCCAUUAACUAUCAAACUUUCC